AUGAAGGCUGUGACCUCGCUCGUUCUUCACUGCGCCGCAGUGACUGUCGCUGCUGCGGCUCUUCCUGACGGUAGUCAAGUGGUUGCUGACCCUCUGGAGGGCUAUGAAAUUGUUCCUAUGCAAUGGAAGGGUGUUAUCAAAGAGGGAGAGGCUCCUGUCUCCCUGAAUGGUACUAUUGAGUCGGUUAUCUCCCAGAUCAAGGAGCUUAACCCGGAGUUCGAGUUGGUGGAAGAAGACACCGCCGAGUCAUCCGGACUCGAAGCACGCAACCCAUCCAACAUCAUUUGCAAUGUUGGCGGAAGCGGUUAUGUCGAUGUGAAAGCGGCCCAACGUGAGCAAAGGUACCUUCGCUCCUUGGGUACCAGUCUGCCAAUCGAAAACCAGCAGCCCGCCUUGUACAGUCAGGCCUUGCGCUCCUAG